AUGUCGUUAUUUUUCUCAAAGUUUUUAUUGUCAUCGGUGUUGAUGUUAUUUUUAGUGUACAAUGUUCUUGGAGAGCGUGUGAUUGUAACUAAUCUCUUAGAAAACAAUUUGGACUUAACUAUUCAUUGUAAAUCUAGAGACGAUGAUCUUGGAGCCCAUCUUCUUCAUCAUGGUGAAAGUAUUAGUUGGAAAUUUGGACUUAAUGCUUUUGGAACCACACGAUUCUACUGUGCCUUUCAUUUUGAUGGUAAGAUACAUUGGUAUGAUAUAUAUUUAAAGCCUAGAGAUUACGAUACUCCAAGAAGGCUUAGGACAGCUCAUGUGGCCGUUGGAAAGGGACCAGCUGUCAUAAAAGAGUUGUUGGAUAAAUUCUGCCAAAUGCAAGAUUGA